UUCUUCUUCUUUAUGCAAUCAAUUUUUGUUGGCAUAAAUGGUGCUCAAGACCUCACUUCCUCGGCACUGCAUAUUGUAACAAGGUUCCCAAGUUUGUUUGUUUUUGUUUUGUUUUUGUGUUUUGUUUAUUUUUUUCAGUUUCUAAGUUAUCAUUGUUGUACAUACAGUAGUAAUAGUCUUGAGGUUCAGUUUAUCAUUGGGGAAGAAAGCUCUCUUGGUUGGGGGGUAAGAUAGAGCUAGGAAAUGAGAGAGUGGCAGGUUAAUAUUCUACUAAAUCAAAUGUGCAUUUUCUUUAAUUUUGAUAAUUGAGAUGUUUAAUUGUUUACCAUUUCGUUUCUUACGUUUAUGCUCUAUCACAUUGGUGAUUUUUACUUCCCUUUUAUAUGCUUCACAGAUUUGUGACAUGGUUACAAUUGCAAGGUAUUUGAAUGUGACACUUAUCUUACUACCAUAAUCAGGUCAGUUUUCUCUCCCCCACCUGCUACUGAAUGUGUGAGAUAAUGCGAAAAAGGUUUACAUGGAAGCUUACACUUCUCUUUUAUCCUUUGGUCUUGCUUCCGAUGAUAUAUCAUCUUUGGUACUUCUCUUUUUUCCCUAAUCUCUCCAUCCCAAAAUUAUUUUUCUCUCUAAGAUUUUAUGCAUUCUAAUUUUCAAAUAGGAGAAGCUCUACGAAAAAACUAUUACAGUUGCAGAUCGGGAAAUGGUAGAGGAGAAGACCGACCAGAUACUCUCCGAAGCUUGUACUUCUAAUGUUGCUUUUCUCGUUGUUGGCGACGCUUUCAGAGCUACUAUCCACUAUGAUCUGGUAGUUCGAGCAAAGAGUUUGGGGAUUGAAGUUAGAGUGGUGUACAAUGCAUCUGUGAUGAAUGUUAUUAGAAUUUGUGGAUUGCAAUUAUAUUGCUAUGGGAAGAUCGUUUCAAUACCAUUUUUUACUGAAACGUGGAAAUCCAGUAGCUUCUACGAGAAGAUUCAGAAAAAUCGUGGACUAGGUUUGCACACACUCUGCUAUUUAGGUAGGAAUUAGGAUUCUGUUCCUAAUGAUUCAAACAUAGAAAUUAUGACUCCAACAUAAAAAUAUUGUUGAAGUUAAGCUAAUCCCAUAGUUGUGAAAUAUCAUGUUCUGUAAACAUUUUUUUCCCCAAUAUUUUGAAAAUGACAUAAUUUAGGCUUUGUUUAUGUUUAAGUCAUGACGUUUGU